CCACCACCAACCAGCACCUCCGCAUCGGCGGCGACACCCAAAACCGCCUCUCUUCCCAAUCCACCUGCUCUCCCGGCGAUCUCCCAUGGCGGCGGCGGCGACCACCACGAGGCGGCCGAGCGGGCCGGUCCUCUCGGCCGCGCACUACCGGUCCGCGUCCCCCACGCGUGUCAAGCUCGCUGCGAGGGCCGGCGGCGGAGGAGGAGGAGGAGCGCACGCGUCCGUCAGCGUCUCUUCGCUGGGGCGGCGCUCCUGCAUGUGCUCGCCGACCAACCACCCGGGGUCGUUCCGGUGCAGCCUCCACAAGGAGCAGAAGCGGAGCGGCGUCCACGGGCAGCGCAAGGCGCCGGCCUCCCCGCCGUCCCCCCCGACCAGCCCGCCGGCCCCGGGUCCCGGCAGGCUGCAGGCGGGCGCGAAGCGGAUGGGCAGCGCGCUGGUGCGGAUCGGCGCCGUGGAGAGCGGCCAGUGGGCGCGCCGGGCGCUCGCCGCCACCGUCCGCCCCUCCCCCGCGGCGCAGCAGGCGCAGCACCGGAGACGCGUCGGCGGGUUCCGCCCCCGCCCCAGCCGCCUCUCCGCCGUCUCCAUGGCCGGCGACCGCGCCGGCGACAACUGAGAAAACCAAUUCAAUUCGCCGACAAAUCCCAUAGACAAUAGUACACUAUAGAAUUAUACAUAUUUUUUCCCCUGUAGAUCAUAGUGGUGCCAGUGAGAUUGAGCUUGGAGCAAGCUAGGCAUGGAGUUUUGGAUCCGUGCACAAGCUCAAAGCUCGAAUCAAAUCCUCUCAUUGUACAUACAAAUCCGCCGCUGGUUUUGGAUAAUUCAUGCGCCUGAUGAGAAAGAGAAAAUGGGGGGACAUGUGUCUCCGGAUUACGCAUA